AUGGACGCCCCGACGGAACAUUUCGAAUCAAUCCUUAAGAGUAAGGGACUUUCUUGGACCUCUAUUAGGGUUGCCGAUGGCCUUAAGACCUCACUGCUUGGUGCCUGGGGCCCAGACGGAGCUACUACCGGGGUCGCCGAAGAACAAAUGAAGAAAGUCUUCAAAGGAAUGAUCGACGCGUAUAUGGAAUCCAAGUACGACGAGAAAUGUGAUAUCGGCAAUCUCGCCUUUCAACCCUUGUUUCUCAGUGCCAUCAAAGACAAGGUUCUCUGGGUUCGGAGCCUCUCUAACCGGGAACUCAGCGAGCUCAUCUACCUUUUCAUUGAGGCCAGAGAUCAAUGUCUUAAGAGAAGACAAGAAGAGAAAUUCCAUCCUACUACCCAAGACAGCGAAGUAGCACGCCUCGUCCAGCAGUUUGUGGACCUCUGCAAUCAUUGCGUCAGCAACCAAGAACAACCAUAUGCAGUUCCAGAACUUGAACUCGAGGAUAUGAACGACAUCAUCCCUUUUAGCCGCGCCAGCCAAUUCAUCAUAGAUGAUGAUCAUAUGAAGCACGAUACGCUACCAGACAAGACAACAAAUCAGCGCUACAUUGGUUCUAAGAAAGGUCCGUUUCUCAUUCCUCAGAGGCGUAAAUCUAGCCGCCCGUCAAAGAACCAAGAACCAAAGGUACAGAAGGGGCAAGAUCUCGACUUCCUAUCCAAUCUCCCACUCCGGCCGAAGUCUGAUUAUAGUUGA